GUUCUCGUUCAUUGCUUUGAAACAGGUUUUAAAGGCGAAUAUUCUCUGUAGCAAAACAGUAGGUAGUGUAAGUUACCUAUCGUAGUCGGCAGAAGAAGUCAAAUGACUUGAUCAGUUCGGUUCAGUGUAGCAUCUCAUAUUUCACGUGAUUUGUGAUUAAACAGGAGUAAUCAGUUAAUCAGGUUCUAAUAAUUAUUCAACGUGUAUAGGCUAAUGUUUUCGUCGUCGAGCACUAUGCUUUAAGGAAACUUCACUUGAUGCAGUAACAUUUCACUUACGGUAUCUACUACAUUUAAAUGAAGAUGGCUCAUACAAGGAACAGUGUAUUUAUCUAUGCAAUUCUGAUCAUCUCACUUCCAUUUUUAGUUGAUUGUGGAGGAAACGCAAGAUCAUCUCCAAUCAAUGGUUCUAUUUUGAAAUUGGAAAGUGGUAGCAGAGACAAAAACUAUGAUAAAAUGAUCAGUCCAGUUGGAUCUUCCAUCAUGAGCUCUGCUUCAACAAUCGCAACAUUCAGUGGUGAAAAUGGAAGUUUAACAACUGCUGAUCCUACAGAGUGGUUUGGGGGUCUGAGAAAAGAACCCUCUGCUUUGAGUGAUGUUGAUUCCAAAUCUGAAGCAUCAACAUCAACGAGUUCUUCCUUUGAAGCUUUCAAAGAAUUUGCAAGGAAAACUUCAGCUGACGGUGAAGGGGUAUCUUGCACAUGUGUGCCCUACUAUCUAUGCGAUACCAAUGCAGCUAUCCUCGAUCCUCAACAAUAUCAAAAUGACAAUCCAAAAGUAAGGCUGGAGAUGAAAAACUGCAGCAAUAUGAGUCCGAUUGAUGUCUGUUGUUUAAAAGGAGAUCUUAUGAUUACAAAUUUGCAAAACAAAUCUGAAAAUUUUGGAAGUAGACCACCCACUCAUAAUAAUUCUGGCAAUAAUGGUCAUUCCACAACUGAGUUAUCAAUAAAAACCACUUCAUCAAUGAGCGGUAUUGAAACAACUCAUCUCAUCGACUCACUGCUGAGAAACUCAAAUCAAUCCGAAGUUGAGCUGUCUUGCAAAUGUGUUCCUUACUAUUUAUGUGAUUCAGACAAAUCUAUUCUUGACCCUGACAAAUUACGGAAUGAUAACAAUAAGACUCAAAACAUCAGGUUGGAAAUGAAAAAUUGCGGUAACAUGAGUGUAUUAGAUGUAUGUUGCUUGGGACUAACAGAACAAGAAAGGUUGGGAAGAGAAUCUAGACAAGUGAAUAUUGUUGGUAGUUCGACUAAAGAACCAGCGAGAGCACUGACAACUCAGUGGAAUUCUGAGUCGGAAAAUUCGACUGAUCUAGAAACAACGUCCAUUGACGACUUCGAUUUCUUGAUAGAAUCACUGAGAAAUUCCAGUCAACAAGAUGUUGUCCUAACAUGCACUUGCGUUCCAUACUAUCGCUGUGACCCAAACAAUAUAAUUGUUCCUCAGUUACGUAACGUAAAUGUGUUUCCAAAAAUAAGAGUAGAAAUGGAAAAUUGCAGCAGUCAAUCGUCUGAGGUGUGCUGCUGGAAAAAUGCCACCAUCAUUGUGGACAGCAAAACGUCAGGAGAACCAGCCGACCGUUGUGGAGUUAGGAAUGCAGGUGGUGUGGCCAAUCAGUCAUCUGCCGUCGAUUCCUCAGCUGAUUAUGGAGAGUUUCCAUGGGUUGCAGCCAUAUUGUUGAGGAUAGAUAAUCGAUACAGAUAUCACUGUGCUGGCUCUGUUAUUGACCGCAAUGUAAUUCUCACAUCGGCACAUUGCGUUGCAAAGCGAAAUGAAUACGAUAUUAAAAUUCGUGUUGGUGAAUGGGAUACACGAAACUCUGAAGAAUUUUUCCCACAUCAAGACUAUUUUCUAGAGAAAAUUAUCAUUCAUGAAGAGUUUAACCCUAAAAACGUGCAUAACGAUAUUGCAAUUUUAAUAUUGAAGAAACCACUGAACUACCACAUCCACAUUGGAAGAAUUUGUUUACCUCAAUUCCACAUCAAACGUGAUCAAUUUCCUGCCAAUCCGACUUGUUUCUCUACUGGUUGGGGUAAAGGAUCGUUUGAUAGCGAAAGUUUGUUGAACGUGGUUCCAAAAAAAUCAAGCUUGAAACUUGUAGAACACGAUAAAUGCCAAGAACGACUUAGAGAAUCCAGACUUGGACAAUAUUUUAAUCUGCAUAAAAGCUUCAUCUGUGCCUAUGACAACGAUACUUGUUCUGGUGAUGGCGGCAGUCCUCUGAUGUGCAGUUUCGACUCGGAGGCGGGCGUGUUUCAGUUGGUUGGCAUGGUGGCCUGGGGUCUGGGAUGCGGCUAUCGUUACCCCUCGGUUUAUGUCGAUGUCGCACAUUUUCGAACUUGGAUAAGUGACCAGUUGAAACUUGCUGCAAUCAAUACAUCCCUGCUGCUUUGAAACAUCUACAUUUACAAUAAUGAAACUAUACUCAAUCUAUCCUGUUAACAACAGUCUACAAGCACGGACAAGGAAUAUAGAACUCAAGGGUGCCCCUCCCCCCAGUUUGUGUCUUAACCCCCCCCCCCGUGAGGGGUAAAAAAACUUUUUUAGAAGGUGAUCGAAGUGAAAUACAAAACUGUAUUCCAUGAAUUUUGUAACAGAUUUAUAGAAUUAUCAUUUAUUUUCAAACAUUGAUCCCUCAUAAAAUGUAUGAUAUGCUUUGAUCUUGUGGUACUUCUCCACAAAUGGAUAAACACAGUUUUAUUUUUUUUCUAAUCCACAUUUAUUAAAUUUAAUUAACAGUUAACAGAACUGCAGUUUCUUGUUGAAACAAACACAGGUGAAGAUGCGUUGGUUUAUUCAGAUGAAGAUGUGUUGGUUUCAACACGAAACUGCUGUUCUGUUAGUAAAUUUAAUAAAUGUGGAUCAGACAAAAAUGAAUCUGUAUUUUUCCAUUAAUCUAUAAUUAUUUUUCUCUCCUUAUAACAAAUUAACAAAAUUUGCCAACUAUCUUGAAUAUAACAUAUUAUUAUAAUAGGCUACUCCUGAUAUUGUGGUAAAUGAGUUUUUCCAUCCCUUUCCAACCUCCUAAUUUGAUACAUUUAUACUUUUUUCAUUAUGAAAUCAGUAUAUGACUUUUUUCUAAUUUUAAAAUAUUGUAGUCCACUAACUAAAAAACCAAACCGAAACAUAAAUACCAUCCUAAUUAAUUAUUAUUAAACGAAAAUCCUAAUUAAAUGCUGUAAAUCACCCCUUCUGAGACUUCUGCGACUGCAAAAUUGACAAAUCAGCGUGAACAGCAGCUAUAGAUGAAAACUCGAUGAGCGCCACUAUUUAUUAUUCAUUAACUAGCAUUUGAACGAAUGCAAUUUUUAAUUCAUUUUCAUCUGUAAACUAUAAUAAUUCUUUUCAAUUUGAAAAAUAUCUCAAUAGUAGUCUGCAUGAAUUAAAUUGUUGAACCUUUUUAAUUGUA